ACAGGAAUAUAAUACAAAUAAAACUACCGCUCUAUCAAGCUGCUAUCUAUUUCUUAGAAGCUUUCAUCAAACCCAAAGCGGAAACUUAACAGGAAACUUGUACUUCAUUCAAUAAGUAUAAAACAUCGCAAUUAAAGAUGAAAUAAGAUGAUUUUGUAAAGCAAGCAUAGUUACAUUGUACUUAUAUGUAAAUAUGGUCUGGACAAAUAUUCAUUAAUUUUAUGUUGUUUUGUUGGGAAGCGAAAGAACGACGAAAUGGCAACAAACAAAGAUGGAGAACAUAUAUCGCAGAGCUUAUCAGAGGUGUUAAAUGACAUAGGAGUGAAUGAAGGAGAGGUGUUGAAAAAAAGACGAACACAACAACUAUGCGAGUCGAUGGAAACUAUUUCAUGGAAGGUAACUGGUAGAAAUUCAACUUUUUAUCAUCUUGGCAGUCAGAGUGAAGGAACAACUACUGUAGGACUUCAGUCAGACAUAGAUACUCUAGGCUGCAAUCACGAUGUCAAUGUAAUGCAAGACUGGUCGGAGUGGGAACCUGGCAAGGUAAACUACCUUAUGAUACAGGAUGAGAACACUACACCCGGAUAUUGUUUCCUACAAAAACCUAUUUCUGAAGAAACCCAUUCUAUGACAAGCACUCAUAUGCCUGAUUUAAAACUAAGUACUGACAGGAAAGGAAGAAUAUUGCUCAAGAACACAAACAUUAAUGUUCCAGAUUUCGAAAACCACGGGCCAGCCUUUGUUAGACAAGGACAUCAUGCAUCGAAGGACAAAGACAUGGUGUUAGCUCUACCCUGUAAAUCCUGGCCUCAGUCUGCAUCAAGUUGGAUAGAGAGACAAGAUAUAGGAGGGAAGUGGCCAACAAAAGAGAUGAGAAGAUAUGCAGCCAGUACAGAGUGUUUUGUUGUUGCAACUGGAAGUAAGAUCAGUUUAUACCCUGAGUUGGAAUGGAGAAUAUCUACAUGUCUGGCGGAAAGGUGUCUGAUGUUUGAUUUAAACAUAACACAAAUAAGGUGCUACGUGUUGAUGAAGAUGAUUUUUAAAUACUUUAAAAAUACUAAGGGGGAAGUAAAUAUAUCAAGUUAUAUGUGUAAAGCAGUUCUAUUCCAUUGUAUAAAAGACACAGAACCAUGCAUAUGGAAAGAAGGCAACUUGUUUACAUGCUUAACAUACUGCUUACAGGAAUUAAAUAGCUGUGUACAGAAUGAUCAUUGUUCACAUUUCAUAAUAUCUGAAAACAAUUUGAUGGCAGGACAAUUUACAUCUGAAACAAAACACGAACUUUCAAAACUCAUAAGUGAUAUCAUAGAAAGUGAUGGACACUGGUUAUGUAGAAUUGAUAUUGAUGACCUCGGACGUAGACUACAAGUAAAACUGAACUUAGCACCGAAAAAAGCAUACCGUUUUCAGUCCUCUCUUGAAAGGCGGGCACUUGCUUCGGCCUCAAAUUACUUCAAUUUGGCAUACCAAAUAGGUAUAAAUCACAUUCAUAUUUUAUUAGGAAAUCCAAAUACAGAUAUUAGAGUAUUAAAGCAAUCUGUAGAAAAACUUGAUACCAUUCGUGGAAAUGUCGACAACAGACUAGAACAUGCGGCAUCAAACUUUCUUGCACAUUUUCUCUUUGCCACUUAUGGAUCAGCAUUGGCAUCAUCCAGCAUUAGUGAGAACAAUCAAGUAUCAACUGACGCAUUGGAUUGGCUUACAGCUGGGUUGAACUCAGACAUGUCAUCUAGCAGACUUAAACUGGCUUCAGUGCUGUACAGAACAGGAGAUAUGGAGAAAGCUGAACAACUUCUGAGACAUGUUGAAAAACAGUUUUACUCUAAUCCUGCGGUACCUAUUUGCAUUUGCUGCGAAAGGCAUCAACGUAUACAACCUUUAGAUUUGUUAAGGGUAUGCGCAGAACAAGCGAUGAAUGUGUCACUCGUAUAACAGC